AUGGCGCGGUUGACGAUCGCAUCGGCGGCGGCGGCGGCGCUGCUCGUGCUCCUCGCGGUGGCGGCCGCGGAGGCCUCGCCGGCGUGGUCGGACUACGCCGGCGCGUUCGACAAGUCCCUCCAGUUCUUCGAGGCGCAGCGGUCCGGCAAGCUCCCCGCCGACCGCACCGUGCACUGGCGCGGCGACUCCGCCCUCACCGACGGCUUCUCCCAGGGGGUGGAUCUGGUCGGCGGGUACUACGACGCCGGCGACCACGUCAAGUUCGGGUUCCCGGCGGCGUACGCGGUGACCAUGCUGUCGUGGGGCGUGCUCGAGUUCGAGAAGGAGAUGGUCGCCGCCAACUCCCUCAACCGCGCCCUCGACGCCAUCCGCUGGGGCACCAACUACUUCAUCAAGGCCCACACCGAGCCCAACACCCUCUGGGUCCAGGUGGGCGACGGGGACAGCGACCACCUGUGCUGGGAGCGCGCGGAGGACAUGUCGACGCCGAGGACGGCGUCCAAGAUCGACGCCAGCCGCCCGGGCUCGGAGGUGGCCGCCGAGACGGCCGCGGCUCUCGCCGCGGCCGCCAAGGUGUUCCGGCACUACGACUCCAUGUACGCCGACCUGCUGCUCAUGCACGCCAAGCAGAUCUUCACCUUCGCCGACACCUUCCGGGGCCGCUACGACGACUCCCUGCAGUGCGCCAAGAAGUUCUACCCCUCCGCCUCCGGCUACCAGGACGAGCUGCUCUGGGGCGCCGCCUGGCUCUACGAGGCCACCGGCGACGAGGACUACCUCGACUACGUCGCCCGUAACGCGAACGGCUUCGGCGGGACCGGCUGGGCCGUGCGCGAGUUCUCCUGGGACAACAAGUACGCCGGCGUCCAGGUGCUGCUCUCCAAGGUGCUCCUCGCCGGGGGCGGCGACGGCGACUACGCCGACACGCUCAAGCAGUUCCGGGCCAAGGCCGAGUUCUUCAUGUGCGCCUGCAUACAGAAGAACGGCGGCAACAACGUCAGGACCACCCCGGGCGGCCUUCUUUACGUCGCCGACUGGAACAAUAUGCAGUACGUCAGCUCCUCCGUCUUCCUCCUCACCGUCUACGCCGACUACCUCGCCGAGUCCGGCGACAAGCUCAGGUGCCCCGACGGCGAGGUUGCGCCCGCCGAGAUCGUCGCCUUCGCCAGGUCACAGGUGGACUACGUCCUGGGCAAGAACCCGCUCUCCAUGAGCUACAUGGUGGGCCACGGCGACAAGUUCCCCACGCACGUGCACCACCGCGGCGCCUCCAUCCCCUCCGUCUACGCCGUCAACGACACCGUCGGGUGCAUGGACGGCUUCGACGCCUACUACAACAGCAAGGGCGCCGACCCCAACGUCCUCGUCGGCGCGCUCGUCGGCGGGCCAGACGGCCACGACGGCUUCGUCGACGACCGCUGCAACUACCAGCGCGCCGAGCCCACCCUCGCCGCCGCCGCGCCCAUGUGCGGCGUCUUCGCUCGCCUCGCCGCCGAGCCCGCGGCCGCCGGUAACAGCCCGGGCUACCAGCCUCCGCAGGACACCCUGCACGUCGGAGGCGCGCCGCUGGAGUUCGUGCACGCGGUGACCAACUCGUGGGAGCACAACGGCGUGGACCACUACCGGCACACCGUGACGGCGAAGAACACGUGCGGCCACCCCAUCACGUACCUGAAGCUGCGCAUCGAGGGGCUGACCGGCCCCAUCUACGGCGUCUCGGCCACGCACGACAAGGAGAUGUACGGGUUCCCCUCGUGGGUCACCAGACUUGACGCCGGCGAGAAGCUCACCAUCGUGUACAUCCAGGAGGGCGGCCCUGCGGCCAAGAUCGCCGUCGCCGAGUACAAGACGGGCUGA